AUUCUGAUUCUCGGAUGACGGCAACCGAAAAAACAGAGGCUUAUAAUUAAACAGCGUUAUUUUGGAAAGCCAUGGCGGAUAGCGGCGUGUUCAGGCUGGCGUCUUCAGCAAUAGACCACGAAGGAAGAUUGCCAAGAAAGUACACAUCAGAAGGGCAAGGGGCGCAGAAGAACAAAUCUCCGCCGUUGGAAUGGUACAAUCUGCCUGAAGGGACCAAGACCCUGGCUCUUGUGGUGCAGGACAUUGACGCGCCGGACCCCAGCGGACCCAUCGUGCCGUGGACCGUGUGGGUGGUUGUGAACAUACCGCCCACCUUGAAGGGCCUGCCCGAAGAUUUCUCUGGGAACCAACAGGGGCUCGGGGGUGAUUAUGCGGCUAUACAAGAAGGCAACAAUGAUGAAAAGGUCCCUGGUUGGCGUGCUCCCACUUUGCCCUCACAUGGCCACCGCUUCGAGUUCAAGCUCUAUGCUUUAGACGACCACUUGAACCUCGGCAAUAAGGUGACGAAGGAGAAGCUGUUAGACGCAAUAGAAGGGCACGUGCUGGGGGAAGCAGUAUUAAUGGCGGUCUUCUGAUCACGUCACAUUCAACUUUUUGUACUCUUUUUCCCUUUUUGUCUUAUCUGAAAUGGAGAAUUGCACCCAAAAAAAAAAAAAAAAAGAAAGAAAGAAAGAACACUGUAUUUUGUA